CAAUAUCCCAUCCAGCCCUGCCCUCUGGCACUGGGAAGCCAGUCCCCCUUGUCCUGUCACUCCAGGCCCUUGUCCAAAGUCCCUCUCCAGCUCUCUUGUAGCACCUUUAGGCACUGGAAGGAGCUCUCAGUUCUCAUGAUUUGCCCUUAGUGAAGCCACGUUGGCUAUCACCAAUCACCUCCUUAUUUUCCAUGUGCCUUAGCAUAGCUUCCAGGAGGAUCUGCUCCAAGCUCUUUCCAGGCACUGAGGUGAGACCUGACCACCUGUAGUUCUCUGGAUCUUCCUUAUUCCUCUUUCUAAAAAAGAGGGCUACAUUUCCCCUUUUGGGGUCAGUGGGAACUCCUCUGGACUGCCUCAACCUCUCAAACACGAUGGAUGAUAGUGGCCAGGCCACUUCCUCUACCAGUCCCUCUGAGCCUGCGGGUGCAUCUCGUCAGGUCCCAUGGACUUGUGCACCUUCAGGUCCCUUCGACCUCCUCGACCCCAGUCCUCUCCUGCUGCGGGCAGUUCUUUGUUCUCCCACUCUCUGCCUUUGCCUCCUGCGACUUGGGCAGAGUGGCUGGAGCAGCUUGCCACGAAGGCUGAGUCAGAAACAUGGCCGAGUACCUCAGCCCUCCCCACGUCCCACGGAACUGGGGUGCCCAUUUCCUUUCUUAGAGGGUCCACAUUCUCCCGAGUCUUCCUUUUAUCACCGGUGUACCUAUAGAGAUUGCUCUGCUUGUUGCCCUUGAUGCCCCUGGCCAGAUUUAAUUCUGUCAGGCUUCAGCAUUCCUAACCUGAUCCCUGGCUGCUCACAAUCCUCCCUGGCUGCCUGUCCUUCCCUAGUAGGUGAGGAAGGAAGGAAAUCCAAGGAACCUCUCACCGUAGGUACUUCAGCAAUGUUUCUCCAUUCCCUGCUGCCUUAUGGAAGGGCAGGGCCCUGGGUCAGCUGCGGUGGUGGCUUCAAGAGGAAAAAGCAGGGAAGGGGCUGGGGUAUGGCAUGGUACGUUUCACGUGGAAUUGCUGGCUCCUGUCUGCUUUAGGGGGAUCAGGCCAGGUACAGGUGCGAGCAGGAGGCACAGGUCUCACAGACUGCAGAUGGCUGCAGCCAGAGACACAGGGCUGGCCACGUGCAGCUGCCCUGGGACACAUUCUACUAUUGAUUAUUGUAAAAGAUUCAUAAUAUAGCGAGAGCUUUAUGGCCAGUGUCUUGUCAUUUCGUAUUUAAGUUCUGUUGCCAUAUUUCUUUUAUUUUGCAAUAAAUAUUUUGCAAAGCCUACACUGAGGAGCUGUGCUAACACACGAGUGCGCGGCAGCUGCUCCGAGGUUACGCUGCGUGCUGGGCCGUGCUGGCUCAGCUGGGCCCCCUGGCAUGGGCUGGCUCUCCUGGAGGGAUCCUUGCCCCUGCCACCUCCCUGCCACCGCGCUGUCACCACAGCUGACUCUGCCAUGGGGUCGUUGUGCUUGAAUCACUGACAGCAAACAGCAGCUCCCCUACGGCUGUGCCAAACCUCGUCCCCGUGCCUUUGCAGGAGGCAGUGAGCCACGGGUGACACUGCCAGGGGAAGCCUCACAGUGCUGGAAAAUGGCAGCUGAAGGGACGAGUGAGACCUGGUGUGAAUAAAUACAAUAAAAAGGAGGAAAACCAGUCCUGACUGUUCCUCCUGGGAGAGCUCUGGAGUUACGUCCAAGCCCUAAGCAGCUGUCACCUGGCAGCAGCCCUCAGAAAAGUGCACAAGAACAAGUUUAGCCUCAGUGAAAGGAAGCUCGGUCUGGCUGCAAGAACUUGGAAGUAACCAUGGAAAAAACCUCCCGAGGAGUUACUCUCUAGGCACUAAACACCAACAAUUAAAGAUUCUACAUCUGGUCUCAUUUACACUGUGCUCUGGCAGAACUCUGGCAGCAUCAGCCUGGUGAACCUACUGCCUCCUGCAUAAGCAGGAUCAAAGUCAAGCCAUGGCUCCAACACCUGUUACCACCCUUGCUUUCACCAGGAUUCAUCAAGCAAGAAUUCCUAAGGAUUUGAUUAACUUUUCUGUAAUUCAGCAAAACUUGUAGUGGAAGGUAGUUUUCUUACUGACAGCUGAGACAUAAGAGGAUUUUUGCGUAAAGCAGAACUCCAAGUGUGUCUUUGAAUAUAGCAGGAUUAAUUAAUUACUCCAGUGUUACCUAUAACCCACAUUAGAUAAGUUAACACACAUUAUCAUUAGGCCUAUCCAGACCACUCAGAUUUCACUUCAAAAAAACCCAAACAAAAUGAACCCAUCACCUUGUGUCCUUUCUGACUGAAACUGAGUUUAGGAUAAGGAAUACCUCAGCUGGCAGUGCUAAGAAGGGAGGUGUUUCCAGUUCAGGUCACUGAGUAGACAGGUGACAUUCAUUCCAGGAUGCCCUCAGGUUUCAGGUUUUCUUCCCAAGGCAGCUGAUACAGCAUGACAAGUAAAAGUGUGGCAGUUCCUCAGGACAUUCAGGAGAGGUUAUUGAGGCCUGCCUGGUUCUCUGAACAGAGCUGACCCCUCUCAAGGCCCCAGGCUUGAAGCACAUCCAGGCAGAGCUCGCAGCAGACGGACCUGCAUGCCGGGCAGGCCCCCAGCCAGGCUACAGCACCUGGCAGGUGCCCUGCAGCCCCUUGGCUGCUCUGCAGCCCGCCAGGAGAUCUGCUGUGGUUCUGGAGUUCUCCCUAAAAUCUGUUUCCACUUCAGACACAAAUGAAAAUGCUCCUGUCCAGGGACUGAUGAGUUUAGAGCGAGCACAGCUCAGCUGGGGGGGCCAGCCCCUGGCGGUGCCUGCCGGCCCUCUGCUGCAGCCCGGCUCCGGCCGGCACUCAGGCUCUCUCUGCCGCAGGCAGAGCCCAGCGCCGUGGCCAGCCAGGGAGCCGAUCUCGCAGGGCCGUGAGGAGUUCUCGGCACCGACACCAGGUGAGCCACCGAGACACUGGCUGCACCUCAACAUGCUCUUUCCGUCUGAAAAGUACGAGAAACUGACUUCUCUGUUGUGGAACUCACGUGCUAGUAAAACACUGCGAAUCCUUACCGACAGCACGGGUAAAGUAGCACACACCUGCUCUCCCGAGGGGAAUCCAAACCUGGCAGGGUUUGUGCAAGGCGGUUUUCUCUCUUUUAUUCUCCGAGCUGUAUGUGCAGCUUUCUUGGAGAGGUUUGACAGCGCCAAGUCCUACGGGAGAGACCAGGAAGAUGUGUGACAAGUGUGUGACACAGGUGUAAGGAAUCCGCUCGGGCAGGUGUUCCAGGUGCAGACAGGUCGUGUCCGAACAGGCAGUCACGUCGGGUUUGGUACCGCGUGUCACCCCCAGCCCAGCUCCCGGCUGCGGACAGAAGCAGCGGCUCCGGGGCUCGGCAGGCGCGGAGCGCCGGGACGGCGGGACCAGGACCGAGCCGCCUCCGGCUGCCCGGUGAGAGCCGCCCUGGCUCCGCUCCCGCACAGCGCCCGCAGCGCGGCCCGGGCGGGCACGGGACAAGCGGCAGCCGCGGGCCGGGCGGGGCCGGGCGGAGCCGCACCCGAGGCCCCAGCGUCGCCCUGGAGACGGCCGGGCACGAACGGGCCGGGCUCGAACGGGCCGGGCACGAACGGGCCGGGCACGAACAGCCCGGGCACGAACGGGCGCCGGGCAUGGACGGGCCGGGCCGGGCCGCCGAGCCCAGCGUAGCGGCGGACGAUGGCGCGGGCGAGCCCCGCUGGUCCCCGGCCCCCGAGAAGAGCACAGACCGCCCGGCAGAGCCGCGGUGCGGGACACCAUCGGCCGGCCCGCAGCCGACCCCCACGGGCCUGCCCACCCUCCUGGCCUACAGACCCGAGUCCUCGCAGGCAAACGUACACCACGAGGCAGAGGAGGAUGCUGAGCCAACCUGCGAGUACUGCGGCAACCCGCUGAGGCCGUUCCCCUUCUGCGAGGACGGGGCUCUCUCCGAGCACCAGGAAGACGUAAGCUGGCGGGAGGGACGAGCGGGGUUUGCUGUGGAGCGGCCGCGCUCACGGCUCCGCUCUCUCGCCUUCCAGAGAUUCUGCUGCCAGCGCAGCCGAGAGCUCUACGAGUUCAUCGUGAGGGAGAGGAAGAGGCUCGAGGAUGCCAGCAGCCUUCCCAGAGCUGUCAGCACCCAGGAAUCCCUCGGCUCCGAAGCCAACCUGCUGCUGCCAAAGGAGCAAGACAGCCACAGGCAGCAGAAGAGACACCUGGCCAGAGAGUUGGCUGAGCAGUCUUUAAGGCUGAGUGCCAUUAAAGGGUCACAGCAAGCUGGAUUCGUUUCCUACGAGCCUUCCCAGGAACUCGCAUCUCCCGAAGGCGGGACACCAGUGCCUCUUGCAAGCGCAGCCGAGCCCAAGCCUGAGCCCGAGCCCCAGCCCAAGGAGAAGCCCAAGCCCGAGCCCGAGCCCCAGCCCAAGGAGAAGCCUGAACCGGAACACCGGCCCGAGGAGGAGCCCGAGGAGGAGCCCUGGCCUGAGGAGGAGCCCAAGGAGGAGCCCCGGCCCGAGGAGGAGCCCGAGCUGGAGCCCCGGCCCGAGGAGGAGCCCGAGCUGGAGGAGCCCGAGUCGCGGCCUGGAGAGGAGCCCGAGCUCCAGGAAGAGCCCAAGCAUGACAAGAAAGCCGCGUCGCGCAGCGUCCUCUGCUACGAGUUCAGUCUGCUGGGGAAGAAGGUGGGGAAGGGUAAAUUGGUGCAGAAGUACUACAAAAAUGGAAAGAAAUUCCUUACCAUGCUCCCAGACGGAACCUCGCAGUUAUUCUAUCCAUCUGGAAACCUGGCCAUCAUCAUUACACAAGCCAGAGACCAGCUGAUGUGCAUAGUACAGGAAGACGAGCGAAGGACAGCCAAAAUCCGAGCACUGUUUCAGUCUGAUGGCAGGAGCACAUGCUAUUACCCUACCGGAGAUGAGUGGAUAAAUAUGAGUAUCCAGGGUGGGCAGUAUUUGGACCAAGCAGGCAACAGGGUAAGAAGGUGGAUGUGGCCAAACUUGUCACCGGGACCCCAGGUUCCACUGAGCCCCAUUUUCAUCUCCCUGAACCGUCACGUGGGGGUCAGGAUCCUGGCCCAGGACAAGAUCUUCGUCUCCUUCCUUGCCAUGGGGCGACAAGCAAAACUCAACAUGGGAACCAAAGUACAGGUCAGCACCGACAGCCAGCUGCCUCCUGCAGCCCGGCUGGGUGAGGAUGAGCUCCUGCUGCUUGCCUUCCGCGUGAGGAUCCUGCAGCUCUUCGAAAGGAUGCGGGGAUGCCUCAACUUCCCUUCCAGCGAGCAGUGGAACAAGAUGCAGCCUCCCAUAUACCUCAUCAGCCAGGCCAUGAAGAUCCUGGAGCUCUGCAUGGCUGCUGACAUAAGUGACGAGCUGCGCAGCUCCAUCAAGGCAAUAGUAAACGCCCAGCAGCUCUGACCCGUGUGUGUGUGGUGUAAGGCAGAGUGAGCCAGAGGCAGUGCCUGACGCUGUGGCACCUGCACGUGCUCAGCGAGGUUUCUGCUCCGGCCCUGCCUGCCCUGGUGCAGAGCAAAGGGCAGCCCAGGGCUGAUCCGCACAGCCCCACAUGGCUCUUGCUCAGGGCAGGCGGUACCAGCCCGCAGUGACAGCAGCUUGGUCACGGAGGCACGAGAGGACUUUGCUGGGGCAGAGCAAUGCUCCACAGCAGCGCUCUGCUCCUGAGCAGCCUCCCUUCUGUCUCCAGCCCCCGCUGAGUAGGCACUUCAGCCCCCGGGUAAGGCACAGGGGACACAGGGCACAGCUGAGCCAGGGCUCGGGACAGCGACACAGGCAGGUGUUUGCUCAGGUCACCCACACGGGUACUGCUCUGCCGCUCCUGACGCGGUGGCAUCAGCAGGAAGCCCCAAGAGUUCCUGGAGCCCAUGCCCACGGCAGCUCAGCCAGCUGCAGGUACAAGACAAGGCAGUUCCCUGCGCCCUCAGAGUGCCCAAAGCAAGCGCCCGUGCUUGGCUCCAGAGAGCAGCAGCUGCAGCCCGGCAUGGGCUCUGGUUCAAGCACUGCACACACAGAACUGUCAGAGGGGGUUCAGGGGCUCGUGGUGCUGCAGGCAGCAGUGAGGAACCUCCCAGCCACUCAGAGCUCCUUUGAAUCUGGGG